UGCCAACACAUACUUUGUCUUGCCCCCACCCUCAACUUCUAGUGGCAAUUCACUGUUCCUGGGUGCCCAAGACAUUUAAGAACCAACCAUAUAUAUCUCUUGAAAUUGGUGGUUGAUUCAGUCACUUGUAACUCCCAACUACCUGAGCUGUCUUUGUCGGUUGUGUUGUCCAACUGUCCCUCUCCUGAAUUGAGUUAUUACAGUAAUUAAUUACUAUGUUAAUCCUUCCUUAAAAGCAUGGGUAUAAAACUGGUUUAGUUUGGGUGUCUCCAGGAUAUAAAUGCAGCCCCUUAUAAUUACUAGUCUCACAAGGAACCCCAACCCAAAGCUUUCUUGAUUUUUCUUUCAUCUUUCUCUCCAACUGCCACUCACCCUUUGAGCCAAUCCUCAAUUGGGAACACUGACAUGGGAAUUUGGCCACUGCCCUUGUUCUGGGAGGAGUUCUCAAGAUUCUUGGUAACAUGGUUCAGAAAAGAUAAGGACUUUCUGAAUGGUUUCUUGAAUUUUGCAAGAAUCUUGACCCCGAUGACGAUGGAGACGGGUACUGUGAAGUUAAGACCAGAGAAUGUGGGGUUUAAGGAGGAGACCACUCUGCUGGAUUUGCCAGACUUGGCUCUGGACUGCAUUCUCGAGAGGCUUUCACCAGCUGAGCUAUGCAGUGUGGGUAGGGUUUGCAGUUCACUGAGGGAGAAGUGUGUGAGUGACCAUUUGUGGGGAAAACACAUGGCUCAGAAAUGGGGGAAAUUGAUUGGAAAUGCUGCCUGUAGAGAAUGGCAAAGCCACAUUGCCUCAAGAAAGAGGUCUGUCCAGUUGAAUUCCAAGAAUCAGACAGAUAUAUUUGGGUAUUUUUUGAGCUCUGCAAAUUUCCUGUUGAGUAGACCAGAAGCAGAAGAAAAUAGAUUCAAGAGCUCUCUAUACAAGGACUCUAUCAUGGCUUUAUAUUUCUCACUUGAAAGUGGCAAGUUUUGGUUCCCAGCUCAGGUUUAUAACCGCGAGGUGCAGAAUGGGCAACUUGGGUUCACACUAUCCUGUUAUGAUGCUGAGGUAAACUAUGACUCUAAUGCAGACAAAUUCAGGGCAAGGUAUCUGACACAAGGGUGGAGGUCAAUAGAGGAAGACAUAGAGAGGAAUAGGAUAAGGGCCCCACCUGUGGAUACUCCUUCUCAUGUUCUUCACAUCUCUGAUUGCUUAAAUGAUCUAAAACCAGAUGACCAUAUUGAGAUCCAGUGGAGAAAGAACAAAGAAUUCCCUUAUGGUUGGUGGUUUGGAGUUGUAGGACACUUGGAAUCUUGCAGUGGCAGUAAAUUGUAUUGCAAAUGUCAUACCAGUGACAUGGUGAUACUGGAGUUCAGGCAGUAUUCCCCGGGCUCGAGAUGGCGACAGGCGGCAAUAAACAGGAAAGAUCAUCAAGAAAUUGGGAAUGAAGUAGAUGGGUUCUAUGGUGGAAUCAGAAAGCUUUACAAUGAAGAGGAGAUUUCAGCAUGGAAGUGCUUUUGGCCAAGCUGCACUUUGGAUUAACAGCAUAGAGAUACUGCAUUCUUAGUGCUUAUUCUCUUUUUCUGCAGUUUUUUUGUAUGAAGAAGCCAAUGAAAUGGGCCACAACAAAUUUAAAUUUUUAUUCAGAAAGUUGAGUGCACAAGGAAUACAUCCAAAGCCACAGAAACUCAUUUAAUUUCAGUGCAGUGCUGAGCUUAAAUCAUCUACAUACACUUUUUAACCUACCCUUCCUCUGUACAAUCCUCUACAUCUGAUGGCACCAGAUAAUAUGCAAGAAAAAUAAAAAUUUCUGAGAAACCCAGAGAUGCAUGCUCACAACUGAAUAUGCUGCAAAUGGCUUUGAAUGAUCGAAUUAAGCUGUAGCUUGAUCAUAUCCUUGACCAGCCCUGUCAAUAGUAAAGGCGUGGCGUAGGCUCCCCCGUUGGACACGAAGAACUCUAUCUCUGACAUGGAUUAGUUCAAAGAUGGAUGCAUUUCAUUUAGUCGAGCAGGAUGAUCAAGCCUUUUGGAGGGCUCGGGCUGAGAGACCGUGCAGAAGCCUGACAAACCCCAAGAAGCUGAGCUUUCCGUCAGAAUGUCUUAUCCAGUCCUGCAGAACUACAUGAACUGGAACCGAAGGACUAAGUCCGAGCUCCUAUGACAAAGAUAAAGAUAUACAGAAACAUCGAUCAGCAUGAAGCUAGAAAGAACACAUCAUGCAACAAUUCUCUCAAGGCAAAGCAAGUUACAGAAAUUAUUUAACGUCUUGGGGCUACAUGAAACUAUCAUAGGACUGUAAACUCAUGAAGUAUUUAACUGAUUAAGAUAUUGUGGGGCUACAUGAAAAUAUUGUAGGAAACUUCAUGAAGUGUUAACUGAUUAAGAUAUUUUAAUAUGCGAUGCAUAAUUUGAACA